AUGUCGUUCUUCACACACUCUCAGAACACCAGAAUUGACAAGCGUGACAAUAAACAAUACCUCGUCGCCGAACUGGCUACAGGAUCUGCCGCCAGCGGUGACAAAGCCGGAUGGUACGUCGACACUAUCUGUCUCGACGACUACAUCAGAAACGACCAUGCUCGCGGCCCCGGGGGCGACACUGGUGGUGGUGGCUGGCGCGACGCGACCAUCGAUCUUGGCGAACGCUUGGCGAAUGAUCACGGCCGCUUCAAGUAUAAUGAGUGA